AUGGGGUGUCACAUAAUGAAAUAGAAUCAAGCAAAAAAUAAAAAACAUUUUUAAUAUAAACUUUCAUCUCUGCAUAAAUAAGAAGGCAGUUUCUGUGCAUUAGCAAUUAACAGCAAAAAUGAUCUACUUGCUGUUGGUUCAGAUAGCGAAAUAAAAAUAUUUAACUUUAAAAGGGGAUAUUUAAAAUAAUUACAAGUAAUUUCAUUAAGAGCAUACAAUCUAUCUCUUUUAAUUUAUUGUAAAAAGAAACCCUUUUUAAUUUCUGCAUAAGGUGCAUCUUCAUUAAUGAUUUGGAAUUCAAGUCUAAUAUCAAAUCCAAAAUUCAUAUGUAAAAUGAUUGGACAUUCUCAAUAAAUAAUAUCUAUGACACUUGAUCCAAUAUUGGAAGAUCUCAUUAUAUCUGGUUCUCAUGAUAACAAUAUUAAAUUUUGGUCAAUCUAUAAUAAAUGGUUCUGUAAAUAAACAAUUUCUGAACAUACUAAACCAGUUCUCUCUUUAAUUAUGAACUCAUAGGGAAAUUAAUUAAUCUCUUGUAGUUAAGAUAAGUAGAUCUUCAUUAUUGAUAGAAAUAAUUAGACUUAAUGGUUAAUUAAAUAAAAGAUUCUAUUACCAACUUAUGGAUAUCGUUUAUCAUAUAUAACAGAUAGUAUUUUUAUAUUUCUACCAAAUAGUUAUUAUGAUGGUACUCAUCUUUACAUUUUUAAAAUAAAUGAUUUAAUUAAAUAAUAUCAAAAAUUAUGUUAAAUUCCUAUCUAAGGAAAAAAUUAAUAUUGUUACUAUUACUUUCCUUUACUCUUUAUUCAAUCUAAAAAUAUACUUCUUAUAAAGAAUGGUUGCUAUGUUAAUUUAUUACAAAUCAUUCCUUCUAUGUCUUAAAAUAAUUUUAUUUAUUAAUUAGAAUAAACAAUAUAAUUUUAAAAUAAAUAUAUUUAUGGAACUUUGACAGAUGAUGGAGAGUUUUUAAUUAUUUGGGAUGAAGAAUCAGAAUAAAUUUAAAUAAGAAAGUUAAAUAUUAUUAAAAAACAUUGUUUAUAUUCAAAUGAAUGA